UGCUUUUCAAUAAUAAACGACAAUUUUAAUGGAUUUUAUAAGAUAUUUUAAUAUAAAAUAAUUUUUCUUAAGUAUGUAUAUCAUACAAUAGUGUAAUAGUACCAUAGACAUACUAUUGUGGACAUGUGAUUAUUACCUGUUAUUUCAUACAUAUAACAUCUGAUAUUAUCUAGUUAUUAGCUAUGAUACAAUUAAAAUAAUUAAAAUAAGAGGUUAUAACUAAAAUUAUUUAUACUGAAACAUUACACAGUAACUUUCAAUAAUUCUUUCAUUUAAUACAAAAUGAUAUUAAAUGUUCUCAAACAGGUUACAGCAUACUGUCGACGUCCUUUAUUUAACGAGACAGUGAGAUUAUAUAGUAUAUAUGAACCGCCGUAUUUAAAGCAAAAAGAAUAUGAGAUACCAAUUUGUCCUGUUUUAAAUAUACAAAUUAGAGGAUACAAUUAUCCUGUACUUGAGAGUUAUCAAAGCUUUGUUCAUAAAGUAGCAAGUGUAUUUAAUUUUACUAUUGAUCAAAGCUUUCCUUUACCACAUAGAGAAUAUAAGGUAAAAAGAUAUAAGAAAGGAGGUACUGUAGUCGAUGCUGAAUAUGAUUUAAAAAUUUAUGAGAGAGAUAUACAAAUAUCAAAUGUGUCAUCUAUAAAAUAUCCUAUUCUUAUUAGAAUAUUAGAAGCAACUUUACCGGAAGGUGUUACAUUACAUGUUGAUAAAUAUGAUCCAUCAUUAGAAAGGAAACGUUUUAUACCAAAUAGGGAGUUGAUUGAUACCAAGAAAGAGUUAGAUGAAUUAAUUAAAAAUAGAGGAAAAUAAGAGUAAUAAUUACUAAAAAAUUAUUAAUUUAUAUAACAAUAAAAAAUUAGUUUUGUGUUGUAACUGGAAAAAAUAUUGAAGGAAGUUUUAUAAUUCAUAUAGCAAUAAAUAAAUAAUUCAGUUAUGUAAUUUGAAAAUAACUUUUAUUGUGUAAAAAUUAUGUACAAUAUAAAAGUAUACAUGUGCUUAUUCAAGUUUUAUAUAUAUGUAAGUAUAGAAAAUAUAUAUACAUAUAUAUAUCUUCGUAUUUAAAUUGAAAUCUUCUUUUUAUAAUA